GGGCGGGGGCGGAUCUGUGGCCUCCGGGCGCUGGGUCCCUGCCCUCGCAGUCGACCGCGCAGGGCAGCAGCGCCCCCGCGGAGCGCCGGGCGCGGCGCUCAGAGACGCGGCCCCGGGGCGGCGACCUGCGAGACAGAGCUCCGGCCGCAGCGCCCCGAUGGCGGAGCUGCUGACCCUGCUGAUUGGGGGCCUUGUUGGGGGGCUGCUGCUGCUGCUGCUGCUGAUCUGGGCCAGCUGCCGUCUGUGGAAGCGGCUCUGCGCCACCCUCUCCUACGAGGAGCUGCUGGAGACAUCUGCCCAGGCCACCCCCGCGGCCGCCGCCAGCCAACAGGGGGACAGGCUCCGCCAGCCCCAUGCCAGGACCCACGCGAGCAGGUCACCAGGUAUGCCAUUCAUGGUGCCCCCUUCCCUUGAAGGCCGAGACUGGAUGCCCCUGGACAGCAGAGAGUGGCUCCAGGCCCCACGGAAGCCCUGCCCGGCCUUGGAGCCCCUGCCCACCCCCUGCAGCCGUCCCCUCGGAGAGGCACAUGGACUGGGGGCCCUCAGCCCAGAGCUGUACAAGCUCCCGGAGGACAAGAGUGAGAGCGACUUCCCCUCCGGCUGCCGGGGGCGGCUCUGGUUCUCCCUGGAAUACGAGCAGGAGGCCGAGAGGCUGCUGGUGGGCUUGAUCAAGGCUCGGCAGCUGCGGGCUCCCUCGGAGACCUGCAGGCCCCUGGUGAAGCUGCACUUGCUGCCGGACGAGCGGCGCUUCGUCCAGUCCAAGACCAGGUGCAAAUCUGCCAACCCACAGUUUGACGAGCACUUCGUGUUCCAGGUGUCCAGCAAGAACAUCACCCAGAGGGUGCUCAGGUUCUCCGUGUACCACGUGGACAGGCAGAGGAAGCACCAGCUCCUGGGCCAGGUGCUCUUCCCCCUGAAGAAUGAGACCCUGGCAGGCGGCUGCCCACGCACCAUCUGGCGAGACCUGGAGGCCGAGGGCCUGGAGCCUCCCUCGGAGCUCGGCGACCUCCAGUUCUGCCUCAGCUACAACGACUCCCUGGGCCGCCUGACGGUGGUGGUGCUGCGCGCCAGGGGCCUGCAGCUCCAAGAGGACCAGGGCGUUGUGAGUGUGUUUGUCAAAGUGUCUCUGAUGAACCACAACAAAUUUGUCAAGUGCAAGAAGACUUCAGCUGUGCUGGGCUCCACCAACCCCGUGUUCAACGAGACCUUCAGCUUCCAGGCCAGCGCUGCGGAAAUGGACACUGCCAGUCUCAGCCUGACCGUGCUGCAGAGCGUCAGAGGAGCCGGUGAGGCCAGCCCCCUGCUGGGCUGUGGGGCCACGGGGGCAAGGGAGGGGCUGCUGAGGGCAGUCAGAGCGAACCCCUGACCUCAGAAGGAGCUGUGCAGUCUCUGUUUCCUGGGUAAGAUGACCGGUGCUCAGAGAGGCUGCGAUUCUUACCCGAGGACACACAGCUUUCCAGCAGGAGGGCUGGGAGUCAUGCCCAGCACUAGUCCAGUGGGACCUGGUCUGGGUUCCCCCUAGGACGAGGUGGGGGGAGGGAGGCUGCCUAGCAGCAGGUGUCCUCGUGCCUUCUGGAGGAGCUGGUUGGGUGCCUGGCAGGUAACCGCAGCCAGCUCUGACCCACUGUUCCCCCAACCUGGCGUCCGCUGUCACCGUCCCAAGAGCUGGACUUAAGUCCCUUCUCUGCUGUGGCAUUGGGUGGGUGCGUUUUACUGUUGGAAGCACAAAGGGACUUAAAGGUUCGUGGGAAAAUGGAAUUAAAAGGUAAGUCUAUUUUGAUGCGAAGAGUUUUUUCAUAAUUGCCGACUUGUUAAAGAUUGUUUGCGUGCAGUGGCUGGUGAGAUGCCUUCUUUCUGAAGGGGCUCUUAAGGGGGCUUACCAAGGCCUUCGGGAGGGUGAGGGGCAGAUGGGUGGCCCGGCAGGCUCUCCUGGGUGGGGAGGGGGCUCACCGCUUCCUGCCAGUGGAGGACAGCGCACGUGGCACUGGGGACGCUGCUGGGUUGCUGGGCUUCUGCACCCAGGAGCCUAACAGCACUCUCCCUGCCUGCAGAGAGCUGUCCACUGGGCCGGGUCGUGGUGGGCCCCUACAUGUACACCCGCGGCAGAGAGCUGGGACACUGGGAUGAGAUGCUCCGCCAGCCCAAGGAGCUGGUGAGGCGCUGGCACGCACUCUGCCGCCCCUU